AUGGCAUCAAAUUAUCCACUCGGGUACGAUGACGAAAGAUUCGAGUCGAUAGUGAACCAAAAUUUCCACUGUUUGAUUUGCUAUAACGUAUUGAAAGACCCCGUGACGUGCCGCAGAAACGAGCACCAUUUUUGCCACGGCUGCAUCACGGAACAUCUUCGUAGGAAUUCCCAUACAUGCCCAACGUGUGCUGACGAGCUGAGUGUCGAAACAUUGCAAGACGUUCCAAGAAUUGUGAAGAAUUACUUAAACGAACUAAGUAUACGUUGCGAUCAUUACGACAGAGGAUGUCGAGAACUCGAACAGCUGCAGAUUUUAAAGCGACAUGUCGCCGAAUGCGGGUUUACUCCAGUCGUUUGUGGGAAUCAAGGUUGUGGUGAGACAAUCAGUAAAAGAGAUUGUAUAUAUCACGAGAGUGAACUGUGUCAAUUUAGAAAGUUGAAGUGUCACAACUGUGGAGAAAUCAGCACCACCAUGGCAGGAAUGAAAACGGAAAUCGCAAACCUGAACACGAACAUCAACACGAAUCAGGCGGAUACCAGAACGAAAUUGGCAAACACAAACACGAACAUGGCAAAUAUUAGAACGGAAAUAGCAGAUGUAAAAACGAAAAUAGAAAACACGGACACGAAAAUGGCAAACGUCGACACGAAACUGGAAAACAUGAACACGAAAAUGGGAAAUUUGCAAGCGAACGUGGAAGCGAAGUUCGAAGCGAUGAAUAAUGAAGUGAGAGGAAUAAAAAUGAGUUUAAAUGAAGUAAAAGAUGGCUUUGAUCACUUGAAGGAAGCAGUACUUGAGAAGAUAGAGAGCAAAGAAAGAAAGCAGGAAGAAAUCACAAGAGAUGUAAAUGGCACAGCGAGUGGCGGGAGAGAAAAUCAACAUAUAUUUGUUGCUGGUGGUCUGGGGAGAAACUCCGUAGAAAUAUUUAACUACCGUCAGAGACUGUGGUCUUUCUUAAAGCCCAUGUCAGAGGAUCGUAACAGCGCAUCUUCAUUUCUCUACAAUAAUCACGUGACUGUAACGGGAGGUUAUUGUUAUGGUUCUGUAGAUAACAUGAUCCGAAUGAACAUUCACCCAGUCCCUGAUCUUUCAAUUAACUGGAGUGAUUUUGCUGCGAAACUCCCUGCCAAGAUGUGUGCACACAGCAAUGUGGUGUACAAGGAUAGCUUGUUGGUUACUGGAGGUUAUAAUACAGAUCAAGGU